AUGACGACGACUGCCCAAGUGGAAAAGCUCACGGAGCAAGUUCUCGAUGAGCUCAGCACCACCGAGUAUGCGUGCUCGUCGCUGAAGACGCUCUCUGGAGGGUCGGCAAACUUCAUCUACAAGGGGACCCUCAUCAAGCCUCUUUCAGAUGGGACCAAGGAGAUUGCCGUGAAGCACGGCGAAGAGUUCAUUGCAUCUUUCCCACAGUACAAGAUUCCGUUAAGCCGCUGUCAAGCGGAAACAGACUGUCUCAAGGCCAUGGCCGGGCUCCCGCCGACUAAAGGCGCAUUUGCCGUCCACACACCCAAGCUGCACUACUUCAACCCGAAGACCAGUACCCAGGUGCAGGAGCUUCUCCCCCAGGCGCUCAGCCUGAAGGACUACGCUCUCAAGAACUUUGCCUCGCCGGACCCGUCCCGGAAGCCGCUCAGCAUUGAGCUUGGAAGGAGCUUGGGUGCGUGGCUGCACCAGUUCCAUGAGUGGGCGAAACUCCCGGAACAGGCUGGGUUUCGAGAAAUUGCGAAGUUGAACGACGCUAUGCGGCGGAUUAAGCACACUUCCAACUAUGCUACGGCGCUGGCUACUGUCGAUAACUACCCGUCCGUGUUGGCGGAUGCUAAGGAGACGCUGCAGAAAUCGAUGGAAGCGGCGGAGAAAGAAUUGGACGGAUCGGAUCUUCAGGUCACGCACGGAGAUUUUUGGACAGGAAACACGCUUUUACCCGACCAGCCAUUACAGCAGGAAGCAGGAUCCCAAACAUCCGUCUUCGUCGUAGACUGGGAAGUGUUCCAGUUCAGCCUGGCCCCAUUAGACCUCGGCCAGAUGAUCGCCGAGCUGUACGAGCUCUGGCUAUACAAGCGCAUCGAGGAAGGCAAAUGGAUCAUCGAAGGGUUCACGGCCGGCUACGGCCCCGUAAACGACGAGUUCGCCUUCCGCACCGCCCGCCACGUCGGGACACAUCUGCUCUCGUGGGGCACGCGGGUCGCCGGCUGGGGCUCGCCGGAGCAGGUGCAGCAGGUGGCGGUUGUGGGUAAAGAUCUUGUGGUGCGGGCGUGGGAGAGGGAUCUAAUCCUCUCGCUGGGAUGCAUCACCGACUCGCUCAGCGGCAUCUCCCCGGUCGUCGCGCGGUCCGACGGCAACGUCACGAUCGGCGGGCAGAGCGUCCAGGUUGACCUACGCAUUGGGUUCUUGGGCGUCUGCUUCGGCCCAGCCCCGUUCAACUGCACCGGCAGCAUCAGCGCCUUCCAAAACAAACGCCAAAGCCAGCUCGCCGCCGAAAUUCCCCUCUCCAAAGGCGGCGGCAACUUUGCCCUAGCCGGCCUCGCCCUCGGCCUCCAGUCAAGCUUUGUCGUCCUUAGCGGGUUGCCUCUGCUUCUCCUCUUAAUUGCCGCCACCAUUGCCAAUAUCGUCCAGCUUUAUUUCAACAGCGCCGGUGCCGGCAGUAAUAACACAAGUAACAACAACACAAAUACCACCAACCCCUCUCUCCUAACCCGCCGCGAGCGACACGCCCAAGCCGCCCUCUGGGCGCGCAGCCUCGACUGGGCCGCCGCAGCAGGCGCCGUGACAAGUUUCGCAGCAUACCAGUCCAUCGUGGCGGCCGCGACUCGGCUACUCGCCGUCACGGUCGAUACCGGCGGGGUGCCGUUGGUUGUUAGCGUGGGCACGACGGCGUCGAACCUGUUUGCUGCUGUGGUGGUGUUAACGCUUGUGGGGGCGCUGGUGAAUACGUUGUUGGCUGCGAAGGAUGUGGGGUUUGAUGCUUAUUUGGCUGGGAAGGGGGUUGAUGGGGGUGGGGGGAAGGUUGGAGGAGAGAGAGGAGGAGGUGGUAGUGGUGGUGGUGGUAAUGGAAGGGGGCCUGGAGGGGUGUAUGUACAGCGGCCGGCGUAUGAGAGAGACUGCUUCCUCAAGUUCGUCGCCGGCAAAUUUAUCAAACAAAUAGGCAUUCUCGGCAAAGACGUCCGGCCACCACCACCACCACCUUCCACAACUGGGAAUGGACCGCGCACCGGGAUACGGCGCUACCUCCUAGGCCUCUCUCUCGGUCUAUCGUCCACCGUGCUCCUGCACCUGCUAAACGAGAACGUCGACUUCAUCCUCGCCAAGGGACGAGGCGCCCCAUUUGAACUGGUUGUUGUCCAUGUAGACACGUCUAGUUCCAAUGCUACUGGUACUAUUGCGGCUGCCGGGACGAUGGACAAUGAUGUCUUAGCCCGGUACCGAGAGCGAUACCCGCGCUUCGAAUUCUACUGCGUUCCUCUCUCCUCAACGCUAGAGUCACCCUCAUCCACUCCAGAUCCAUCAUCAACCACGACAACAACAGCACCAGCACCCGCAACAGCAGGAACAAGCCGAGCCUCCGCCUCCGACAUAACCACCCACCUCACCCGCCGCACCCUCCUCGCCCAAACCCACGCCCACAACUGCCAGGCCCUACUCCUAGGCCACAGCACAACCGCCCUAGCGGCACUGACCCUAGCCGAGGCAGCCAAAGGCCGCGGGUUUGCCGUACCAUGGCUUGUCGCAGAUGGGCCUGUCCCGGGGCGGUCGGGCUUGGACAACAGGAACGGGAACGGGAACGGGAACGGGGAUGAUAAACCAGGAAACCCCAACCUCAAGACUCCCAUCCUCAUUCACCACCCCCUGCGCGACGCCCUCCGCAAGGAACUCCUCCUCUACGCCAGCCUCGUCAACAACCCACCACUGACUGCACUCCUGCAUCCUUCCGACCCAGAUAGCUUCAGCCUUAACCCCAGCGCUACCACGGGUGAAACCGAUAGCGUAGCAUCAGCAGCAAAACCCCGCCCAGCCGUCAUCUCCCACCGGGACCUCAGCAUCGAAGAUGUCAUGACGCGGUAUUUCGCCGAGGUUGAGGAGAAUUACCCGUCUGUUGUGGCCAAUGUGGCGCGGACGACUGGGAAGUUGGUGCGCGGGGUUGGGGUAGAGGGCGGAUCGAAGGGGGGAGAAGAAGCAGAAGAAGAGGAGGAGGAGUGUGGGCUGUGUGGGAUGCCGCUGGAUGGGGAUGGAGAUGAGAGGUGGAGGGGGGAGCUUGGGAUUCAAGGGGGGUCGGAGGCGGUUUCGGCGAGGUGGGGGAGGUUGUGUUAUGGGUGUGAGAGGUCGACUGCUGGGUGA